GUGCCGCUGGUUGAAAGCUCUCUCGGCUGGGUACGGCCUGCCUGCCUGUGGCGGGGCUGCUCUGUCCCCGAGGGAACUGGGAGCUGCAGAGAGUGAUGCAAGGGAGGAGAAGCCAGGCAUUUGCUGGCUGCACAGGAAGGAAGCGAGCCUGUGCUGCUGCGCAUGCCCCAGCCUGUGAAUCCAGCGCUCAUUGCAGGGCCCAUCACUGGACUGGUGCACAUUCUCAACCGCUUCCGAGUGGAAACUACCUUCAAUUAUGAAGUAAGCAAGCACACUAUCAGCCUGUUUGAGGAUGUGAGAAGUUGGAUGUUCAGACCUGAUCAGGAAGGUGGAGCUUUGAAUUCUGACAGACCUAUUUUGCUGCAUGGGGAGACUGGGGCUUUUCCUCUGGGAAACACUACUGGGAGCUGGUUGUGGAUGACUCUGGGGACUGGGCUCUGGGCGUCUGUAAGGACUCCCCGAUAAGGAAGAAUGGCACCAUGAUUACAUCUGAGGACAUAUUUCUUCUUUUACGUGUGAAGGUGGAUCAUCAUUUCUGUGUCUUGACCAGCUCUCCAAUGCCUCCUCACUAUGUAGAGAAACCUCUGGGCCGGGUUGGUGUGUUUCUGUAUUUUCAAAGCGGAAGUGUGAGUUUUUUGAAUAUCACCAAGAAUUCCUUCAUAUGGCGUUACCUGGCUGGCUCCUUAAGUUUCCCUGUCAGGCCUUUCUUUUACACUGGCCAUAGAUGAUCAGGAUGAAGACAGCUGACUGUUUGAGAACUGUAUGUACAAGGGAGCCCUUCACUGUUGAAGCAGAGGAAUCACACUGUUCAGGCUUUCUUUCUAUUUUAGUGUCACCUCACUUUGUUAUGGUUAAACAGAAAAAUACGUAAAAUGAAAAAUAUUUGUAUACACUUUCUAACAAUUAAAAUAAUCUCUUAUGGUCCAUUACUUAAAAUGUAU